UUGACCGACGUGCUCGCUUAUAUCUUCUCAUCAUAUUCGAGGGCAUCAUGUUCCCGAGCACGUCGGGUGUGGAUAUGAGCAUUAGGUAUCUGCUCUUUAUUGAGGACUUAGACCAGCUGGGAUGUUAUAGUUGUGGCACCGCUGUCCUGGCUUACAUGUACAGAGGAUUUGAUCGAGCCUCUAUGGGCGAGAGGCUUGAGGUCGCUGCAUUUAGCCCUCUUCUUCAGAUAUGGGUGUGGACUAGGUUGAGACCUUUUCAGCCCAUAGCUGCUCACCCUCCCGAUGACUAUGUUGCUGAGGAUAUGCCAUACGCGCGGAGAUGGUCGCGAGGCCGUACCAGAGGUAUGGAGACGCACCAUGUCAUUCUCCCGUUUAGGGAUCAGUUAGACCGCAUGACGGCGCCCGAGGCUUUCAUAUGGAGGCCGUAUGAUCAGAUUUUGGGUCAACUGCCGGCGUUUUGUAGAGCUGGUGAGCACAUGUGGACUGCACGGUGUCCAUUGAUCCAUAUGGACAUCGUUGAGCAUCACGCACCCGAUCGCGUAUUACGGCAGUUUGGGCAUGUGCAGAACAUACCCGCGGCUACACAUUGGGAGCACACCCACUACACCAGGGACGAGCGUUCGAUCGACAGUGUGGCAUGGCGGGCGCGUAUGCACCAUAAAGUCGAUGCAUGGAACGCGAGGAUGACGACUCUAGAGGCGGUCGGACAUAACGCUCCGGUCCAUGAGUACAUGACGUGGUAUAUGCAUAUCACUCGCUCCUUGAUUGCCAACCCCUCGACGCCGCGUCCUGAUGGCCGAGGAUAUGCAUCACUAUCAGGAGCGUAUGAGGCGCUGCUACGGAUGACUCUGAUGAUCGCCAUGAGAGCAUUCCCCUUACGGAGUCCACCGACCCCGGGAUAGCGGCAUAUGCAGCACGGAUAGUUCAUCUUACCGACACUGGUAUGACACAGGCACAGGAGUGGCAUCGUGUCGAUGAGGAUGUACCAGAGGGUGUUCCGGAGAGUGGUAGGGCUGAUAGAGGUGGUCGGGCUGGCAGAGGUCUAGUAGAUGAGCCUGACGAUAUAGCCCGUCAGGCUCCGUCGGCUACAGAUAUCCCGUCGACUUCUUCUUCCAGGUUGUCGACUUCACAGAGACCUAGAUAUACGUCAGAGAUGGUCCCACAUUAUGAUCCUUGGUCAUCAUUUCCACAGGUGCCAGUUGGUGAUCUACAUAUGGGAGGCGGAGAUGAGGACUUGGAUAUUAUUUUCGAUGACUCCUUUCUUCGUUCUACAGCCGGGCCUACGGCACCAUCUUCAUCUCCUGCUCCACGGGCCGCUCAGGAGCCCUCUCACAUGCCAUCUCAAGAGCCCGUCGACACACAGGUUUAUUUUUUUACAAUAAAAUAAUGUAUUAAUUAAUUAUUUUAUUAAUCUAAACUAAAUUAUUUACAUGUAUUAUAAGUUCAUUCUUCUGCGCCUGUGGACCCGUCUCCGCCCGUUCAGAUUGACCCGUCUCCACCUUCAGCUACAGCUCCGGGUAGCGCUCAGGAGCCCUUUGAGGAGCCAGCUAAGGAGCCCUCUGACCAACCAUCUCAGGAGGCCGUCGACACACAGGUUUAUUUUUUUACAAAGAAAUAAUUUAUUAAAUAAUUGUUUAUAUGUUAUUUCAUGUUUAGUUUAUGAUAAAUCUAAAUUAAAUUGUUUAUAUGUUAUUUCAGGUUCAUUUUUCUGCUCCUGUGGUCCAGUCUCCUCCGAUUGAGUCAUCUCCUGAGGCAUCUACUGAGGCUACUCAGGUGGAGACCGCCGGCGUCUCCCACAGGAAGCAUAUUUUCACCCAGGGCCUGAAGAAGGAAAGAAAGGAUGAUCAUGCCAUAAAUCAUCCUGUCAUUAAGAGGAGGA